AUGGGAACUCAAGACGGCAGUCAGCCCCAGCUAUGUGGCAUACCCAUGAAGUGGGUGUCGCUGCUGAUGCUGGUGGCGCAGACCGUCAGCGUUGUCUUCGCCAUGCGGCUGUCCAGAACACGGGCCACCGAAGGGCCGCGGUAUCUCAACACCACGGCCGUGUUCUUCUCCGAGGUUCUGAAACUCCUUUGCAGCUUCGUCUUCCUCAGCCACGAGCAGGGCAACGUCACGUCGGCGGCGCGGACGGUUGCGAAGACUUUCACAAGGAGUGGCAUUGAACUCCUCAAGGUCAGCGUGCCCUCGCUGCUGUACACGGUCCAGAACAACUUGCUCUUCAUUAGCCUCUCCAACCUCAGCGGUGCAGUGUACCAAGUGACCUACCAGCUGAAGAUCUUGACCACCGCGGUGCUCAGCGUCAUCAUCCUGGGCAAGUCACUGGGGCUGGAGAAGUGGUGUGCCCUCUUCAUCCUCUUUGCCGGAGUGGCCCUGAUCCAGCUGCCUCGGGGUGAGACGAAGGCAUCCUCGCCCAGCGGCGGCAACGCAGCGGUGGGUCUCGCGGCCGUGCUCUCCGCUUGUGCGACCUCCGGGUUGGCCGGGGUGUACUUGGAGAAGAUUCUGAAGCAGACGGAUUCUUCCAUUUGGAUGAGGAAUAUCCAGCUAGCCUUCUUCGGUGGAAUACUGGCCUACAUCGGCUGCUACAUGCAGGAUGGCAACCAGAUUCGGCAAGAUGGUUUCCUGCAAGGCUACUCCUCGCUGGUCUGGGCCGUGAUUGCGCUGCAGGCGGUCGGCGGCCUCGUGGUGGCUGCGGUGCUCAAGUAUGCUGACAACAUCCUCAAGUGCUUCGGCAACGCGAUGUCCAUCGUGAUCAGCUGCUUGAUGUCUGCAGCGCUGCUGCAGGAGUUCGAGCCCGACCUUCUUUUCGUGCUGGGCACCCUGCUGGUGCUCGUCGCGACGACGCUGUACAGUCUGGGUGUGCCUGCGGAGCUGAAGAGGCUGAUAAUCCGUGAGCGGGCGAAGGUGGAAGACGGAGCAAAAGUGUGA